CUUCGAAUUGCGGAUUCUCCCUCAUCCACCAAUCCAUGUAUCUGUAUUUAUUGACUGUAUCUAUUUCAAAUCUAAAAUCAGAAUAUUCGAAUUUCACCGCUUCGAAACCCUUCCGUUUAUCACUUUAUCCCCAAAUUUUGAAAUCCAAAUAAUCUUCGCUGUUCUCAAGUAAUCUCUCCUAAGUCUUCAUCACAGCACCAAGCAAUCUUCGUCGUCUUCAUUUCUCUGCCACUAGGCAAAGACGGAAUCUAGGGUUUGUAGCUGUAGUUCUCAUCAUUUGAAGAUAAUUCACUAUGAAGUUCCUCGAGUGUCCUUCCUUGGAUCGACUUAACGAUUUCUUUGGUGAUUUGAAUUUGGGAGAACGUACUAUAAGAGGAUGCCUUGAAGCUUAUACUUGCAAACAUGCUGGAACAGAUAAAAAACUCUCUAUCAGUUUGGAGAAUGAGAUGCUUGAACUUAUUGAGAAAUCAUCUAGCCCUGAUUCUCCCCCGCCGGAUGACAUGUUAUUAACCAGAUCCAGUCGAAGGACAUUGAUUUACCUUAUUCUUACCCUGUAUCACAUGUAUCCGGACUAUGACUUCAGUGCAGUCAAAGCUCACCAGUUUUUCACAGAGGAAUCAUGGGACAGUUUUAAGCUUAUCUUUGACACCUACAUGUUUGAAGCCUCAAAGGAAUGGGAUGAAACUGUUGGGGAUGUUUCUCUACUGGACACCUUGUACAUGGCUCUUGAUGAGGUUGUGAAGUUAGGGGAUUGUGAAAUUUAUGGUUAUGUUCCUGACUCCGAAGCUGAUCCGUUAGUGGAAAAAGGAGCAAUAUGGUCCUUUAAUUUCCUCUUUUACAAUAGAAAGCUAAAACGGAUCGUGACUUUCCGUUUCAGUUGUUUUAGUAACUUGGUUGCUGAUGGAUUUCUUAUGGAUGGAGUACUCAACGAGGAUGAUGAUGAAAUAUUUGCUGACAUGGAUAUAUGAGACAACACUGCACGUGUUAUGCUAGUUUAUCAAGACCCCCUUGACGUCCCAUGUGUUUAUCUGAUCAGUUUCCAGUUCUCGUGUUUAGUUCUGUAAAAUAAAGCAAAUCUAUGUGAAGCUUGAGUGGUAGAUCUAGCAUUUGUAUCAUCUUAUGUGCAUAUUGUAGAGUUAGUAUAUAUGUGUGUCGUCCUCUUAUAUGCACAUAGAUUCCGAAUCUGAAUCGAGUUGUUUGUAGAUAACUAAUCGUAGUUAGCACAUCUCUGGUGUGUAAAUAACAGACACUUCCUUGGUUGGAAGUGGAGCAACGAUCGUUGGAUAUUUGUUUAUCUUCUUCUGAAAAGGAUGCUUUCUUUGUUCA